CUCACCCAAAGAGGUUUAUACCUUUCUAAUGCAGCCACACCCUUAAUUGGAUUCAACGCCCACGCAAAACACAUUCAACAUUAAAUGGCUGUCAGUGAGCUAAUAUUGGGUAUUGAUAUUGGUACUAGCACAGUUAAAGGGACAUUAGUCGAUAAAGAGAGUCGUGAGGUGGUCGAGAAACAAUCAGAGCCGACUCUAGCUCAAAUUUCAUCCCAGAGCAGUGGAAGAGGUGUGGAAAAAGAUGAACAAGAUGUUUUGUCAAUUGUGAAAGCAAUGGAACUAUUAAUGUCUCGCUUCUCUUCUCAUAAUCUUAAAAGAGUAAAGGGUAUCGGUAUAUCAGGACAGAUGCAUGGGGUUGUUUUAUGGAGAAACGGUGGUAUAAAAUUAGAAAAUGGCCGCAUAAUUGUUACCCAGAAAGACUCUGUUUCCUCAUUAGUUACUUGGCAAGAUGGUCGAUGUAGCAAAAAUUUUCUCUUGACGCUGCCCAAAACUAAUCAGCCUAUUCCUCUCAGCACUGGUUACGGUUGUGCUACAUUGUUCUGGUAUUCAAGAGCCUCUGAUGCAGAGGGUACUCUCAGUUUGUAUGAUAGAACUGGUACUAUAAUGGAUUGUUUUGUUUCUGUGCUCUGUGGUAGCACUGAGGUCAUCAUGUCAUCACAGAAUGCUAAUAGCUGGGGAUACUUUGAUGUAAAGAAUAAUACCUGGGAAUAUGACAUUCUCAGAGAUGGUUCAUUUCCUGUUCAUUUGCUUCCAAGAGUUGUAUCAGCUCCAUCAAUUGUUGGAUCAUUAGUUAGUGAAUGGUGUGGGGUUCCUCCUGGUGUACUUGUUGCUGUGGCCAUGGGAGACUUACAGUGUUCAGUAUCUGCAGUGAAACCAUUACCAACUAAUGCCAUACUUAGUAUUGGCACAUCAAGUCAACUGUCUGUCAUCAAUAAUUGUAUUUCAUUUGAUGGUUCAUUGCCCUCUUCUAUAAUGGAAGUACCUUAUUUCAAUAAUAAGACAUUGUUAGUGGCUGCUGCUUUGACUGGUGGUAAUGUCAUUGCUAGGCUGGUUGACUUCCUAAAGGAAUUUCUCAGAGGAAUUCACAUUCCUGACUCUGCAGUAGAUACUAAUAGUAUCUAUUCAUUUCUUAUCAAAUCAGCAAAUGAGAAAAGAAACACAUCAUUACAAGUAUCUCCUUUAAUACUUGGUGAGAGGCAUGCUCCAACCUUAAGAGGAUCAGUUUCUAAUAUAUCCAGUGAUAAUAUCAGUGUUGGUGAUGUAUCCUCUGCUGUUAUGAGAGGUAUUGUUGACAACCUUAAGGAAAUGAUGCCUUUGGCUUUACUGCAACAAUUUAAGGUAGAUACGCUAAUUGGGUCUGGUUCUUGCUUAGAUAAAAAUCCAGUAUUAGCUCAACUGAUAGUUGAAGGGUUUGGUUAUCCUCUAGAGCUAAGAAGCAAUGUGGAUGCACCAUAUGGAGCUGCAAUGGCAGUGUUAGAAAUAACAUGAAGUAAAAUUGAUUAUGCAUGCUGUUUUUCUCUAACUUAUAUUCACGUCUUUCUAUUUUCCAUUACUUUUUGUUUAUAUUAAUUGUAUUUUUAUCAUAAAAGGGUAAAUCUAUUGGAAGUGAUGCAAAAUGACUUUUGUGAUAAU